UCAUGUCACGUGGUAGGGUCCGAUACAACCGCUCGACAGUAAAUAAACAUACCGUUGAGUUUGUGUUUGGGCUGGGAUUGAAGCUGUGUUUCUUACACUGCAGUUUUGGGGGAUUUCUUUGCUGAACACAGUAAUUGCAAACCAGAAUUGAACUUGCUUCGUGGACUGAUUGACCUCUAGAGUACAUUUUGGCCGGAGUGCAUCCAAAUGGAGCCAGGUUUAUGAAAGGAUAAAGUCAGAUGAUUUUUGUUGUUGUUUGGUCCAUUAUUUUUAAUCAGAAAUCUGCCUUAAUUUACAGUCAAUAAUUAACUUAAUAUUUAAGAUAUAGUGACAAUUCGUUCUCACCAGAGGGUCCAUUUAAUAGGUGUAAGCGGUUUGAAUCAUGUCACAGUCUUUAUGAGCAGAAGGUGUUUGCUCAGGAUGUUAUUUUUCCAUUUAGUUAGAGCACUUUAAGUAAUUCUCAUUCAUUGCAAUAUGAUUUAAAAUUGAUAAUGCAGAUGGAUGAGAUGAAACCCGGUCACUGCUUUGUUUUUGUUCCAACAAAUGUCUGUAAGAGACAACUCCAUCUGUCCUGACAUUUAAGUUGUUGAGUUCUAGUGUAAACAGCAUCCGUGUCCACAAUCAGCUGUCCUGCCAUCCUCCGGGAGAACAAGUGUUUCCCAGCAGCUUCACAACCAUGGCGUGGCAUUCAUUCUGCGUCCGGACACAUCUUCAUCUCUGAUGUCUCCCCUACGCCGUUUUUUCCCUAUACGAUUCUAUCUAGCCACGAGCCGCUGAUGGCUCAGGCCACUCAGAGGGUUCACAUUCCUGCGGUAAGCCUAUCUUAUUGACCCCCCCCCAACCCAACACCCUAAAAAAAGACACGACCAUCAGUGGCAUGGGCGGCCCUCCCCUUAUUUCCCCUGUCAGGAUUCUCUGACAGCUGGAACCAGUAGAGGACUCUCUGAUUUGCCACCAAAGCAUCUUCAAACUCAAAGGAACUCAAUGGAGGGAAGUCAAUGAGAAGAUCAACAACUUAAGGAACAUUUAAAAGUACAGAAAGGGGGUCAAAGUGCAAGAGAUUUAAGAGCUUGAAGAAUCCUAGAAGGCGCGCAGGACCAUGAGUACCUUUGGGUACGGCAAAGAGCUGAAGAAGCACGAGGAGGUGGACGAGGACGAACUGCUGGCCACUCUGUCCUCCGAGGAGCUCCAGGAGCUGGAGAGGGAGCUGGCCGCCCUCGAUGACAACGUCCCCAUUGGCAUGAGGCAGAAAGACCAGACCGCCAAAACCCAAACAGGGACCUUCGACAGGGACGCUUUGCUGAAAUACUGGGAGGAUGAGAACAUGAAGCUGCUGGAGGACGAGAGGAUGAAAGACAAACAGGAGGGACGCCAAGAUAAGAGCAGAGGGGAAGGAGUGACAGUGACCACCGACCCUAACCCCGACAAGACUUCAGACAGCGACAGGAAGAAGACUUCACCAAAGGGGAAGAAAGUGCAGAAUGUGACAAGCAAAAAUGAUGCAAAGGAAGAUCAAACAGAAAAGAAAGAUGAGUGCAAAAAGGAGGCUCCUAUCAGGAUUAAAUGUCCUCUGAAGAACGAUGUGUCAAAAGUCUCAAAGGGUGAAUCGGAAAUGACUGAAACCACAGAACAAAACCAAAACACAAUUUCCGACAGAGCGAGCGGGAACACUAUCGUCAUCGAUGAAACUCUGCAGCAGAUCCUGAGUAAUGACCCCACCGUAAGUGAGGUCAACCUCAACAACAUCGAAGAUAUUUCCCAGGAAACCUUGCUUCGUUUCCCUGAGGCCCUGUGCACAAACACUCAUGUCCACAUUUUCAGCCUCGCCAACACCCACGCUGACGACCGGGUUGCCUUUGCCGUCUCCAAGAUGCUGCGGGAGAACCGCUUCAUCAGAAACCUGAACAUCGAGUCCAACUUUGUGUCUGGUCAGGGCAUCCUGGCUCUGCUGGCAGCGCUGCAACACAACCAGACCCUGGUGGAGCUUCGCUUCCACAACCAGAGGCACAUUUGCGGGGGGAAGGUGGAGAUGGAGAUGGUCCAGUUGCUAAGGGAAAACACAACCUUGCUCAAGCUUGGUUACCAGUUCGACCUCCCGGGUCCGAGAAUGGCGGUGACCAGCAUCCUGACGCGCAACCAGGACCAGCAGCGACAGAGGAGGCUCCAAGAGAAGAAGGAGCAGAGUCCUCCAGAUGUCACUGGACAAGGUUCUUCUGCAGAAAACAGACUUCCAAACAAGCCAUCACAAUCUAAAACUGUCGAAAAGCAGAACAGAAAUCCUCCCCCUCCCCCUCCUCCUCCUUCUUUAGCAGUGCCUACGAGGAAGAUAUCGGAAAUGGUCAAACAGCACGAAUUCUCGAACAGCACAAAGACGCAGUCAAACCAAAAGAAGACGAAGACGAAGAAGCUGAAGAAUGGCGCCAACGAAAAGGAGAGCGCAGAUAUUUUCAAAGACCUGAAGAACACCUUGAAGCCGUCCCUGCAGAAGAGACGAGACGAACCGCCGCACCUGCCGCCGCCUCAGAGGUCAGGCCGUGACGACCUGAUGGCGGCGAUCCGCGGGAGCAGUAUCGGGUCCUUAAAGAGGGUGGAUCUGCCCGAGGCCUGAAAAUCACCUGCUCUACAAACCUGAACACCUCUCACUUUUUAUGAAGUAUUUCAUUUUUAUUUUCGCACUUAAAUGUCACUUUUUAAACAGUUUAUCUUUUUUAACUUGUCACACGACGUAGCAGCAGAGUGUUUUGUUACUGUGUGAAGCUGACUGUGAACUCUGAUGUGUUGGGAAAUAAAGUUAAUGUUAUGUCCACAA